CUAAAAAAAAGGAAAAAAAGUGGAAACUUUUUUUUUUUACCCCUCUCUGUCCAUUUCACCAAGUCCUGAAAAAUCAGAAUGGAAUUAGAGAAAAACUACACGACUCCCAGGACUGGCAGAUCAGGACAUGGAGGAGUGAAUCAGUUAGGGGGUGUUUUUGUGAACGGUCGACCACUCCCUGACGUAGUCCGCCAAAGGAUUGUGGAACUUGCCCAUCAAGGUGUCAGACCCUGCGACAUUUCCAGGCAACUACGGGUCAGCCAUGGCUGUGUCAGCAAAAUUCUUGGCAGGUACUAUGAGACUGGAAGCAUUAAGCCUGGAGUUAUUGGGGGGUCAAAACCAAAGGUCGCCACACCCAAAGUAGUAGAAAAGAUUGCAGAAUAUAAACGCCAAAACCCCACCAUGUUUGCCUGGGAGAUCAGGGACAGGCUUUUAGCAGAGCGAGUAUGUGACAACGACACAGUACCCAGCGUUAGCUCAAUUAACAGGAUUAUACGGACAAAGGUACAGCAACCACCCAACCAGCAAGUCCCAGCCUCCAGUCACAGCAUAGCUUCCACGGGCUCCGUGACACAAGUGUCCUCAGUAAGCACAGACUCAGCAGGCUCCUCCUACUCCAUUAGUGGAAUUCUGGGAAUUACAUCUCCCAGUGCUGAAAGCAACAAACGCAAAAGAGAUGAAGGCAUUCAGGAGUCUCCAGUACCAAAUGGCCAUUCUCUUCCGGGUAGAGACUUCCUUCGGAAACAAAUGCGGGGAGAUCUUUUCACCCAGCAGCAGCUAGAAGUGUUGGAUCGAGUCUUUGAAAGACAGCAUUAUUCUGAUAUCUUCACAACAACUGAACCCAUCAAACCAGAGCAGUCAACAGAAUACUCAGCCAUGGCAUCACUAACUGGUGGAUUAGAUGAUAUGAAGGCUAAUUUAACAAGCCCUACUGCAGCAGAAAUAGGAGCCAGUGUUCCAGGUCCACAAUCAUAUCCUAUUGUGACAGGUAAGGAAAACUAGAUGCUCUACCAAGAGCAUGUUAUCAAUGGACAUACUGUAUGAAAUGGCAAGUGGGAGAAG